AUGUCAAAAGUAAUUCAUAUCAUCGUAACCGUGCUUAUACUAGCAAGCUUGAUCCUACAAAUUUUGGCUCUGCUGGGCAACUUCAAUGGUCUACGAUCUGUAUACAUUGCUCGCCUUGAACUCACAAACCCACCUAGCAGCGGUGGCUUCUUUGACGAUUUACUGGAUAAGGCAACAAACACGAUCUCUGACAGACUACCCGACUAUUUUACUUUGGCAUUGUUCAUUGCUUGCGAAGGCAAAAGCACAAACGAAACUGUGUGUACGCCACCGGCCUUUGGCUAUCAUUACAACACUACAGGCAUUUUACAAACGGUACAGAAUCAAAUACCUGAUUGGGUUCAUAAAGCACUGACUGGCAUUCAAGGUGGUGUAUUCAUCCCCUCUGUGAUAUUUUGUUUUAUCCUACUGUGUUACAGCCUGUAUCAUCAAUUCAGUGGACAUAGAGCAAAGCACUCGCAUGGAUGGUGCCGCAAAAUCAUGAUCUUUCUAGUGCCAGCCAUUGCGUUUUUGUUCUGCCUAGCAACUUUUGUCAUUCAAAUUGUCAUCUACAAUAUGCUCAAGAGCGGCGCCAACAAGGUCAAGAGCAACUUGUUUGGAGGUCUGAUCGACGAUGUUGUCAUUAUUGAUACCAAAUCAGGGCCAUCGAUCUGGAUGUCACUAGCAGCCUUCAUUUGCCUUUUCUUUGUGACAAUACUGCUCUGUGUCAGUGUGUGCUGCAUUGGCGGUGGCAGAUCAAGACGAACAAGACAAGACAACAGCUACGAAAUGGAUCGUGUCUAG